AUGUCAGAGAGAGCAGUUUUCGUGAGAUCUCUUUUCGGGACCCUUAAACCUGGUCAUAUUCUGGUUAUGGGCGGAAAAGCCAAAAGUGAAGCUCAAGAAAUUGAUAUACGUUUAUGUAACAAAGAAAGGAAUUCAAUUGACUUGAGGCUGUUAAUACGCUUCGAAAACAAUCAGAUCGUAAGAAAUACACGUACAAACAGGAGAUGGGGUGCUGAAGAGAUCGAAGAGAACUUGGAACCAAAUGCAUGUUUGAACCCAAUUACUCCUGGAGCGCACUUUCGACUGUAUAUAUUGUUAGAAACCUCGAAAUUCCGCAUCGCUUUUGACGGAAAACCUUUCUGCACUUAUGCUUAUCGUCUACCUUUAGAAGGGAUUUGCGCUUUCUCUGUUUCUUAUGGUGUAGAGAAGAUUACACAGCUAGAUCACAGACAAGUCUACCCAUCGCCAUGGCCGCCAAUUCAAAUGGAUGAGCCAAAUCUAUCCUUCAGUGCUGAUUUUCCAAUUCAAUUUUCCCCUGGACAUUGUAUUUAUAUCGCUGGAACCUGUAGUGAAAACUCUGCUGGACAAUUUGUCAUAUUUUUCGUAGAUGGAAGUAGUAACCCGAGUAAGAAGCUAUCUUUUUACUUCAAUCAACGCUGUGCUUCACAGAUUGUGGCUUUGAAUAUCGCAACGAACAUUGCUCAUGGGGAUCUACAGUAAGAAAUACCGUCGAAUACUAAAGAAUACAUUCAAUGGAUCUUAUUUAUUUUA